UUACGCGUUAGUGUGGUUUUAGAUCUUGAUUUUUGCUUUGCCUGGUAGCGCUGAGUGGAACUGAGCUGAAGUCUGUCGACUGCAGCUGAAGUAAAGACUCAUGGAGGCUGUUGUCAUGACAGGCUUAAGCGGCAGAGCUUUAAGAGAGGACUGGAUUAAUAUGGAAAGUGAAAGCAGCAUCAGAGUCCACAGACAUGAACUGGCUGUGUGUCAUCGGGGCCUCUGAUGCUUUAGCAGUCAUGACUGCCCUUAUCUGGAUGCUCACAUGGCUGCCUCAAGUCCUCACAGCUAUGAGUGAACUGCCCCAUCCUGUGAACCUCACCCUGACAUCCAGCCACUUCACUCAUGUGUUGAAAUGGCAGCCCGGACCAGGAACACCCAGUGGGGUGUACUUCAAUGUCACCAUUAACACAGAAAAGGGAACAUCCUGGACACCAGUGGCUGGCUGCGAACGUGUCCAGUACCCACUGGUUUGCAACCUCACAAAUGCUUUCCAUGACCCAAGUGAAGUCUACUUUGUCCGGGUUGUAGCCAGGAAGGAAGCACAGACAUCAAAACCAGUGACUCACCCAGCAUUUAAACCCAUCACAGAUGCUCAGCUGGAUAUGCCACUGCUAAGUGUUACGUCCUGUGGCAGCGACCUGUGUGUGGAUCUUCAUCCUCCCAUGGAACAGCUAAGGGAGGUCUAUGGCACUCUACAUUACACACUCAAGAUCCAGAGAAGUGGUGCCGAUGGAGCUACGUUCUUCAAAGACAUUCAGUCUCUCAGAAGACAGGUUUUACAGGAGCUGACCCCUGGUAGACAGUACUGUGUCUCAGUCCGCAUCUCAUUGAAUCUGGAGUCUAAGGAGUUCAACUACAGUCAGCCUGUUUGCGCUGCCACACCUGGCAAUCACAGUGCAGACCAGUGGCUCUCAGCUGUGUUCUGUGUUUUCCUGACGUUUAUUGGGAUCAUCGUGGUCCUGCUGCUGAUCAUUUGUUUCAUCAUUCUGAGAAGGAGACCUCUACCACUAGUACUGUCAUCCAUCCUUCACUCAGAGGAGACUCUGGUCGUCCUGCCGUGGAGUGUGUCCCUGCUGUCCCUGUUGAGUGUUAAGCCAACGCUGCCCUCUGCAGGUGAAAAGAGGAGCAACCAUUGUCCAGAUGAGAGUGACACUGAAAGUGAAACAGACGACAGUGACGGGGCCAGAGAUUAUAAACUGCAGGCAGGCACUAACCUCGUAUCCUCCUCUUCAUCUUCAUCAUCUUUGUCGGCUCCUUUUCCCUCAGAGCCUGACCCACAGCUUAAAAUCUCCUCCAACCAAAGCUCAGACUUCAGUCCACAGUCAGAAGAGACUCAUUCCAGUGGGGGAGUGAAACAGACAAUGAACAAACACACACACAAUGACAGUGUGACAACAGCAUUAAUUGUGUCGGAUAAGCAGGAGAUGGAGGUGGACAGUCAUGAUGUCAACCUGCUCACGUUAACCUUUGCCAUUCAUGAAGAGGAAGAGGCGGAGCCUCCGCUUCACCUGACAGACAUUGAGUGUCACUCUGCAGAGGAGGAGUUCACCCUCACUCCAAAUCAACCCUCGCAAACUUUGGACUCCAAGGAAGUUGCUGUAGAAUCAAUUUCCCUCUCUGAUGAUGAGGAAGAGGAGGAGUCUGGAUACAUGGGUCGUCCAUGUACAUAUGUUUUAAAAAAUGUAUUAUAGGAAUAUGGGCCUUUUUUUAAUGAUAAUGUGUUUUCCAGACUGAUGAGUAACUGUCAUUGCAAGACUGAACUAUUUAUUUAUAUAGGACCUUUCAUACACACCAAUGCAACUCAACAUGCCUCAUAGGAUAAAAACACAGCACCAAAGAUUAAUAAAACUGAUGACUAUCCACAGCUUAGCAGGAAUUAAAGAAAUCUAGAUAUGUAAAUGUAAUAAUAAUAACGCUCAAUGCUACAUGGUAAAAACCAUAUAAACUAGGGGUGUCAUGUGAUCUCGAUUGUAAAUCAAAUAUCAAUCGAAACACUGUUACAAUCUCGACCUUCGAAAACAAAGGUGGAAUCGCGGAUUCAUCGACACAUCCACCAAACUCGAGUCUCCUCCCACUUCUCUGAAAUGACCGGUGUGGAAAUAUUUUGCUUUCUCCGUGAGUUUUGUCAAUAAUGUUUGCCUCGUCGACCAGAAAACCACGGUGUGUACGCUGUGUGAUGUGUGGGUAGCAAACCACCGGACAUCCCAGCAGGCGUCGUAAGGACGUAGACGUGACUAUGGAAACAACUCUGUUAACACAGGCAGCUCUUGUGACAACUGUCCAACUCAUUUACAGCAAAACAUCCUCAAAAUUCAACUAGUGCUUGCGCUAUAGGUGUUUGUAGCAUCAGACAUGCGACUUUAUUCAGUGCUGGAAAACCCUGGAUAUAAACAACUAGCGUACUGGAACCAUGCUGUAAAAUUCCAAGCUCAUCUUACCACAAAGGUAUUGCCUUUCAUGUAUGAUAACGUCAAGGAAAAAGUUAUUAGAGGUCUGAGAGGUUUAGGGCCCUUAACAACAGACUGAUGGACCUUCAGAGCAACACAGAGCUACAUGACCCUCUAUGGCUUCUCUUCUUUUUACUGUUAGUUUUCAAUUGACUGGUUAUUGUUACAUUCAUAUUGUUAAUAAAAUAUUUAAAUUUGACGCCUUAGUGCAGUACAUUGAAAACAAAUGAUGGACAUUAUAUCACUCAUGACACCAUGUAUUGAAUCGAAAUGGGAAUUAAAAACUGAAAUGAGUUAUCGUGACAUAAAACCAAUGACCCUCCCUGUGGUCCAGGGAGAGCAUGUAAGAUGGUAAACAAGGCCCAAGGACCGAGCCCUGAGGGACCACAGAAGUGGGGCCAUAGUGGGGCCUUGAUGUAGCCUCUCCCAGGGUCCACAUUCAUUAGUUUGUGGAAUCAAAUCAGUCAGUGACCCGUUCACACCUUGUGUCACAGGUGUGGACGUCCCUAAUGUGACUCUUAUCAACAGUUUGUACAAUAUAAUCACGCUUCCUCCUCUGCACAUGACCAAACUGUAAGAGUCGCAUAAAUCCGAGUUCAUAAGUUAAAUCAUAAUUUAGAUAAGUUAAUAGAUAAAUAAUUUAUUUGAUGUAAAUGUAAAAUUGGUGUGUUAAAAAUCCUGUAAUAGAUAAAAUGUAAUUAGUUAAUUGGGAAUGCUGUUUAUUUCAUGCACAGAACUAAUGUUUUCCCAGUUGUUGCACUACUACAGUGUAAUUUGAGGGACUGUAUACACAAACGCAAGGUGUGCAUGUGUCAAGAGCCGCACUUUAUUCAUUCAUUCAUUCAUUCAUUCAUUCAUUCAGUCUGAAGAAUUGGCCAAUGAGGUAUUUGACGAACUUUAAGUGUCUUUUUUUAUGUCGGUGCUGCGCGUCCUCUUUGUGUGUGUUAUGUGCCACUAAUGCGUCCUUGUAAUAUGUUCAUAUAAAAAACUGUUCUCACGGUGUGAACAAGACGGGGAGGAGAUGUUGUGUGUCUCAUGUUGUGAGGAGUUACACAAACAAUCUUAACCUUGCCUCUCUUUACUCUCCAAACCAUUCAAACUGAGCUGUCCCUCACAUAUACUCAUUUCUAAUACUGUCCAUCCUGGUCGUUCUCAACUAAAAACUCAGCAUCAAAGUCAAAGUUUAUUUAUUUGUCUCGUGUGGGAAAAAAUUGUGUCGGACAAGAGGAUCAUGCUGUAGUGCGACACAAGACAUUUUAAAUAGAUAAACGCAUGGUUUAUGGUUUAUGGGCAUAAAAAUACAUAAAAACGUACAUACAUACACCCACGCAUGCACACCUACAUACAUACACACCCUCCAUUCACGUCCAGGAGAGAGCAUCUUCUGCUCUGCCACCUCCAGCUCCACCUGCUGGUUUUUUGUAGAAAGUACUCUUAGCCUGUAACUCUAGGCAAUCAUUGAAUAAGAUUUUACACCUCAGUGUUGACCAUUUUUAAUGCAGCAGGACAGUAUUAUACAGGUUACAGUUAAAAAAAGCAGUUUUUGUAAGUUUUCUUCUAUGCUGUCGAUUUCAAAAUCAUUGUUUCAUUGCACUCACUAUUCAAACAUAUGUACAUACUCCACUAAAAUAAAGCAACAUUUCAGAUGGUAA